AUGUUAAUGUAAAUGCUAAGAAAUAUGGAGCUUUAACUAAAGCUUCCAUUUUUCUCUUGGAUUUUUAAUUUUUGGUUAAUAUUUGCUAAAUUAAAUCUUCUCUCUUUAUCUUUCUUUGAAUGAACUUUUCAGUUUUUUUUUUUCCCUCUGUGUGUGUGGGUCUAUAUUUGGUAGAAUUAUAUGUAAAGGAGACUAAUUUGGAUUAAAAAGUAGAGUCUUGAAUUCCAUAAUUUGUGCUUAAAGGUAUCAUCUUUCAUGUGAACUUCCAAAUGAUUCCAUUAAUCUUCUUCUGCAUUCUUGUUUGAAGAGUACAAUGGUGACCUUUUUUUUGCAUACCAAAUGUGAAACAAAGGUAAAAGCAUUUCAAUGUUUGGAAAAAAAAAAAAAAAAAGUGAAAGUGAAAGUGAAAGUGAAUUCUUUGCUAGGAGCAAAAGUAAUCACCAUUCGAUCUCGGCUAGGGUAUUGAAUUUUUGCUGCAGAUCAUGGAUGGAUCUACAUGAAAAAUCAUGUUUUAUUUGAUAUUUUGAUGGGGAGGGAACUCACUGAUGUGCAUAUGGAUGAUAAGCCCAACGGUGUUGUGAAAUCGAACGGUGUGGUGAAUUCAAAUGGUGCUCCUAGAGUUUCAGAAGACACUGAGUCAAAGAACUACGAGGUCAAGGAAUGCACUGAGGAGAACUCCAUUGUCCAUAAUGGUACCGUGAAUGAAGAUGUGUUAGGUGUCAAAAGCUCAAAUUUUGGUACCGAUAUCCCUGAUGAGAAAAAGGAAAAGAUCGGAGAUCAGAAGUUCACCGACCAUGUGAAAUUAAGCCCUGUCGCAUCUAAAUCUGGUGGUGCCGGAGAUAUUCGUGUGCACCAUAACUCAAAAGCCGGUGCUAACGGCAUAGCAAGUGUUAAAUCUACACCUUCUCCUAUUGCUACAAAGAAUUUUGAGCGAAGCUCUCCUCUGACUCCUUCGAUGUCAAGGAAGCUAUUUCAACCUUUCGACAGGAGGCAUCCCGAUGAUGAGGAUAAUUGGUCUGUUGCAUCCACUACGGUUGCAUCUUUUCGUACUUCUAGAUCCAGGGUAACUAUUGGAACUGCUCCAACUUUCAAAAGUGCCGAACGUGCUGAGAGACGGAAGCAGUUUUACCUGAAGUUAGAGGAAAAACAUCAAGCUUUGGAGGCCGAAAGAAGCCAGUGCGAGGCUCGGACCAAGGAAGAGCAACAAGCAGCCAUUAAGCAGCUUAGAAAAAGCAUGGUUGUCAAAGCAAACCCGGUACCGAGUUUCUACUAUGAAGGACCUCCACCAAAAGUCGAACCGAAGAAGUUACCAUUGACUCGGCCAAAGUCGCCAAAUCUUUCUCGGAGAAAGAGCUGCAGUGAUGUAGUCCACUCAUCUGUGGACGAAAAGGCGAAAACAUGCUGCCGGACUCACCGCCACAGCUUAGGUGCUCAGACAGAACGAUCCGGUACUGCAAAUGAGGUGAAAAGUAAGGGUCGGGUUGGCGGGCAGAGCAGUAACGGAGCUGGUAUGGUGAAAGAUCGAUCAAAACCGGUAACGACAACAAUGAAAGCUGCUGCUCCGAAAAUCACGAAGCCGAGUAACGGAAACAUCACUGUUGAGUCAUGAAAAUCUGGUCUUCUUUUUAACAUUAAUGUGAACUGUAUAUUGUUUUGUAGGUUAUAUAUAUAUAUAUUUAUAUAUAAAUAUAUAUAUAUGAGUUAUAUUGAUUCUAAUGUGGUUCAAGUGCCUUGUUUUCAUCUAAUAUUAUUUUUAAGAUGGACUGUAUUUUCAUUUUAUUUUAUUUUUCUUGUAAAAUUCUCUUUUUUAGAUGUAUUUGGGAUGGUAGUAGAUCGAAUAUUUGUAAUAUUUGAAUCUGUUUAUUAUUAUUAUUAUGAAUUUUAUUUAUUUAGUCUUUUGUGUUUGUGUUAAUGAAA